AACAUGCGGGGUUGAAUCCGCGUCUGUGAACCUCCGAGAUGCCCGUGGAGGCAAAAUGCGGCGGGACGCGUCCGUCGGGCAAAGGGAUGAUUGCAGCUGCUGAGCAGAAGUGCAGAAACUUGUUCUGCGGAGCCCUGUUCACACAGGGGAAGGAGGAAGACUGGUCCAGAGCGGAUUCAUAAGCUGGAGAUCUAGUUGGGUGAAAAGAAGAGGAGAAAAGGAAGAAAAGAAGAUCCCAAAAGUUUGAUGUGAUCGUUUUCUGUCACAGAAAGUGCUGGGAAGCAACACGUGACUGCCUGCACAUUCAUACCCUCUUCGGCAUGGACCGGGACAGUCACAGCGAGGAUACUUUGUCCACCAUGGUUCUGGAGAACAUUAAAAACAAACUGAUUCAUGCCUUCAGAGCGACAGGAGAGCCCAGAGAAGAUCCUCAAGACUCCGGGUCCACUGUCAGACCAGUCAGCAUCGGCAGGAGUUACCAAGCCAACGAAGAGCUGAGGAGGGCGCAGAUAGACGGCGCGAUAACCUGGCUGAGGUCUGAACUGCUGGAAAUGCGCUCACAGGACCUCCAGCUUGCUCAGACACUGCUGGGGCUCAACACAGAGAUCCAAAGACUGAGGAGGGAGAGUUUUGGAGGUGUGGAAGUAGACGGGGAGGAUCAGCAGUAACCGGCCCCAGCAGAGAGCCCCUUCUCUGGGGACGACCUAAGAGUGACUAGAGGAAGAGCAGAUAGAAAAGUGCUCUUACUGGAACCCAGGGUGGAAAAGGAAAAUUGUGUCUAUUUUGUACCAUGUGUCAUGGUACAAAAUAGACACCAGUUGCAUGUAAAGUAACCUGGAUAGAAGAAUAAGUGGGGGAAAUAAUGUGCUUGGCUUUGUGUGAUGCGGGCAUGUUUAAUUUAGAUUUUUUUUGCACUUUUGCAGAGUUGUGCUAA